AUGUCCAAAGUCUCUCAACCGGAGCUCAAAAAGUUUCUGGACAAGAGGAUAAGCGUAAACAUUCAAGCAGGUCGCAAAUUGAACGGCACAUUGAGAGGUUACGACAUGUUUUUGAAUCUGGUCGUCGAUGAAGCUGUAGAGCUGUUACGGCAGGAGAGCGGAGCUUGGAAAGAGGGGGGCAAUUGUGGAACAGUGGUCAUCAGAGGUAACAGCGUCACUUCCUUGGAAGGCUUGGAACAGAUCAAGAUUCGAUGA